AUGCUUCGAUUUUCGUUGUUCCUGCAACUCCUCACCUUCUCGCGAUUGCUUCUUUCUCAGUUCGGGCAGAUUGUGUGCAUUUCAUGUUCUGUUGAGAGGCAGCUGUUGGUGGCACCAGAUGUUUUUGAAAUCGAGGAAGACUUUGGAAGGGCUCGAGCCUACAACCAGUUAAUUGUAUCCAUUGGAUUUUCUAUUGAGAGGCAGCUGCUGGUGGCACUAGAUGUUUUUGAAAUCGAGGAAGACUUUAGAAGGGCUCGAGCCUACAAGCAAUGUGGCAUGUCAGAUCUUGUUCAACAAGCAAUAGAGAGCUGGUAUGACCACUUUUACAAUGGCUCUGUCCAGUUGAUUAUAUGCAUUGGAUGUUCUGUUGAGAGGCAGCUGCUGGUGGCACCAGAUGUUUUUGAAAUUGAGGAAGACUUUGGAAGGGCUCUAGCCUACAAGCAAUGUGGCGUGUCUGAUCUUGUUCAACAAGAAAUAGAGAGCUGCCCAGUUGAUUGUAUCCAUUAUUCUUCUACUGCACAACUAUCUUUGCUUGAAGAUGAGAUGCAGAGAGUGGAACGAGUUAAUGCUCAAACUGUUAGGUUAUGA